AUGUUGUGUCCAAGCGUCUAUCCUCGAAGUCCAACGGCGGAAAACUCCCCUCGAGUCUACAACGCCUUCUUUUACGACUUCGACGACGCACUGAGUCUUGGGUGCGAGGCCUUCACCCUUGGGCAUGAGUAUUCAGAAUACCAGAUCUCGGUCACCACCGUGCGGAAGGUUGAAGCCGGCAUCAAAGCUGGCACAGGACCUGAUAAUGUGCGACCGAACUACAAGCGGGUUUCCCUGAAGCUCGACGUGGACCAGAGGAAGCUCAAUCUGCCGGCGAUUGCUCAGCUGUUUGUGUCCUUCGCAUCGCUCCAUUUGACUGAACGUCAGCUGAGUUCGGAUUUUCAGUCUGCCGGCUCUGUCCACUCUGGGCUGUUACGCAAGCUUCUGACUCUCUACUUGCGGGAAGGAGGCCAAUUUGUUUGUCUAUUGGAACAGAACUCCGGGAGCAUUCACGCCGUGUCUUGCCGACCGAAGCCGCUCACCAGCCAGCAAACCGACAUGCUCGCCACAUACGCAAUGUAUUCGUACUUGGGAGAUGAUGUAUAUACAUUCGCCAAAUAG